AUCGUCUGUAGAGGGUUGCACUAUUUUUUUAAAGAUUUAAAAUGUACUUUUGAAUAUAUAGCUGAUGUAUUUGAACUGUUCUUAAUAGCUGUCCAAACCUCGUCAGCUCUCCGCUUAAAAAUGGUUUACCAUAUUCCCUGGAUCUACACACCUGUGCGGUCUGUCCUGGCAAUCUGGCACCAGCUGACCAAGGCCGAGAUCCCAGAGUUGGCCAAGUGCUCGGUGCUGAUGAGGGAUCGCAGCAGAGUGGAGGACACGAUCUACGCCAUGCAGCGAGCAGGGGCAGGCCGCCUGCAGGUGAUCUCAGACUUCGAUAUGACACUGACCAGAUUUGCCCACAACGGAAAGAGAGUUCCUACCACGCACAACAUCCUGGAUCACCGGUUGUUGAUAGACGAGGAUUGCAGUAAAAAGAUAAGGGAGCUGUUGAACACCUACUAUCCAAUAGAGAUUGACGCUGGCCGGACUGCUGAAGACAAGCUGCCUCUCAUGGUGGAGUGGUGGACUCAAGUCCACGAGCUGCUGAUUCAGCAGAGGAUCAGGAAGGACCUGCUGGCCCAGGCUGUGAAGGAAUCCAGCGCUAUGCUCAGGGAGGGCUACAAAGUGUUUUUCGACCGUCUGACGGAGCAGCAGGUGCCUCUGCUGAUCUUCUCGGCUGGUGUCGGAGACGUCCUGGAGGAAGUGAUCCGACAGAACAACGUCUUCCACCCCAACGUCCACAUCAUCUCCAACUACAUGGACUUCGACCAAACUGGGGUCCUGCGAGCGUUCAAAGGCCAACUCAUCCACACUUUCAACAAGAGGGAGGGGGCUCUGUCACACGCCUCUGGCCUCCGAGUGCUGCAGGGUCGCCCCAACGUGCUGUUGCUAGGAGACUCUUUGGGAGACCUGACCAUGGCUGACGGUGUGUCCGAGCAUCAGAACAUCCUCACCAUCGGCUUCCUCAACGACCAGAUGGACGAGAGGAAAGAGUUGUACGUCAAGUCCUUUGACGUCGUGCUGGUGAAGGACGAGACGAUGGAAGUUCCCAACGCUAUACUCAAAUACAUUACCUCAUCAACAGACAACCAGUUAGACGCAUGAUCUUCACCUACCUCAAUCCAGACCAUGAGACUGGUCUGGUAUUUCUUUUACACUCUCAGUGUUUUGACUGUUUAUCUAAGCCAUAAUACAAAAGUUUAAAAUAUUUGAAUUAGGUCUCUACUUCGUUGAGAAGAAUCUGUGAUUUUUGCCAGUACUGUUUCUUCACACAGUAUAACAGGGCUGGGUUUUCCUCCCUGCUGUUUCAUUUGUUGGAGAGAAUCCUCAGAUCAAAACCUUACUACCUACCUGGCCAUGAGCCACCUUAACAGAUUCAUAUUGUCUUGGUAUUUCAAAACAUACCAGCAACCUCUUACAAAUGUCAUAUGUAUUUAUUUUCUUUACUUCUCACUCCUUUUGAGCAGAAACAAAUUCUUAUUUUACUUUUUGUUUACAGUCUAUUUUAAAUGAAUCUUGUGUUUGAGAAAACACAUACAUUGCAUUUUGUCUCUUUGUCUGCCAAGUGUUCGGUUUCAUAUUCUCAGUUGACAAUAGUGAUAUCAGUUUUUAGGCUAUUGUAGUAGUGAGUAAGAACAGUAGAAACACAAAGCUACAGAAUACAAUAUUUGAUGAUUCUAUUGAUUAAUUAUAUGAGUGUUUUUUCUUUCAACUGAUUCCUAGCUACUGGGAAUUAUAACAAUGUUGUCCUUAACUUUAGGUGUCAUUAAAGAAAGUAUUCAAAUGUACCAUCUGAAAAGUUCAUUACCUGG